CCUGUCUGCUAAAUUGGUGAUUUUGCGGUGGUGGCGUUCUUGUUACUUUAGAGAAGCAAUGAUGAAGUCGUACGCAGUCGUAACGUUGGCGUGCCUCGCAGUGGCAGCCGAGAGCUUCAUUCUAACUUCAGGACCCUCUCACGCUUCCUGCAAUGUCGACUGGACUUUUUCGAUGAAGUGCAGUGACAUAGAGGCUGCCAUUGUGAAACAGAUCGGGAUCUGGAAGGACACCUCUGGCUGCCCUACCUCUGGAGAGAAGUGUCUCUACAAGCUCCUGUCCAGCAGUGCCACACAGAUUAAAGCUACUCGAACAACCCGUGAGAAACACUAUGUGGACGAUUUGACCUUCACCCUCACACAGGAAGCCAGCAUGUGCAAAGUUCACGGAUUCAGUACGUCAGAGACAUGGUACGCUGUCCUUGACUUCGGCACCAACUACUGCAACUUGUUCAAUCUCCUUGAUGGCGCUGGACUGGUGAAGACAGCGGGAUACUCCGAGACGACAAGUGACAAAAUAUGUACACAGUACAGCAAGCGGGACUGCGCUGUUCAUUAAAGAAACCCAUCCUCUGAGAGAAA